AUGGCGGACGGAUCCAGGGACAUUAGCAGGCGGCGGAAUCCGGCGGACAAGCUCACCGAAGACCUCCUCGUCGAGAUCCUGUCGCGCGUGCCGUACAGGUCGCUGUGCCGCUUCAAGUGCGUCUCCAAGCGGUGGCGCGGCAUCAUCUCCCACCCCGACCACCGCAAGGCGCUGCCGCAGUACCAUCUCCAUGACCUCGCUGGCUUCCUCUACUCGAGCCGCGGCCCCAGCACUGGCUAUUUCUCAACUGACAAUUUCACCCAUGUCUCGGCGGGAGGCCGUGCUCCUAUCCGUCCUUCGCUCCCCUUCCUGCCUGACUGUCAUCAGUUCCACCUUCUGGACAGCUGCAACGGCCUACUCCUCUGCCGCCGCUUCAAGACCUUUGGUGCGGGGGCAUUUUAUUACGUGGUGUGCAAUCCUGCCACGGAGAAAUGGGUCGCCUUGCCCGGCAUCUUCAGCAAGAUGCAGACAGCUCGCUUGGGGUUCGACCCGGCCGUCUCCUCGCACGUCCAAAACCGGCUAGGAUAA